AUGGUGAGCGAUUUAGUUGAUUUCCAGGUCGGAGCAGCCGGUCUCGGAAUCGGGGCAUUCGGUGGCCUGAUAGACGCUUUCACAGCUUGCUCAAGGAUUUAUGGCCUAUGGAAAUCACUACGGGGUCUCGAUGGGUAUCUUGACCUGCUCCGCACUAAGCUUAUACUCCAAGAAGCUCUGUUAGACCAAUGGCAGAGAGACUGGCUCGAUCAACCAACCUCUAGGCGAAUCGACAUUCAGAAGCAACGGAUUCUUCAGAGACACAAAGAUGCUGUUCUCGCCUCAUUAACGACAGUAAAAAUACUGCUCGAAUCACUGGAGCCACUCCGGGAGGCCUCGGGAUCAGGACUGGCACUCGAGCGCCUGAAGUUGGUGACUGGCGGAGCCGAAGAACACGAUAAGACGCUUGUGCAGAUAAGCGCAGUUCUCAGCGACUUGUAUCGCUUGCUACCAACUCGAGAUCCAAAUAUCGCCCUUUCACAAACAGUGUUGUCCUUAGAGCAUAUCGGCAAUAAUCAGCAAGUACUAUUUCAGGACAGCGACUCGACUCAACAUGUUAUACAGCCUGAUAAGCUCAAACGAGCUAUCAACUUUCGCCAGCUAGGAUACGACCUUGAUGAAGACUUGGAAAAGCGAGUCGCGGCGUUCAAGAACAGUACUGGCGAUGCUGAUCUCACCAUUCGCUUAGACAGAGUCAAAGUUCUGAAAGAUGACGACGUCGCUGGUGGACUAAGAAGUUUUGGAACACUUGACUCCAAAACUCCGGUAGUCAUUGAGUGGAAACGUUAUGACCUUACCUGGAAAGGACAGAAAGGGAUCAGGCUUAGAGGAAGAAUCCAGAAUAUUGCACGACUCUUGCAUGCCAAUGCAAAGCCCCAAGAGCUUUUGACUCUCAACUGCCUGGGAGUGUUUGAGGACAUUGAGAAGACUCGAUAUGGUCUGAUCUUUGACUAUCCUCUGGGAACCAGUGAACAAACAGAUUUGGUAUCUCUACAAGCGUUGAUCAAAUCACCAACGCCUGAGACUCUACCAACCCUGGGUGAUCGAUAUCGAAUGGCCUACACACUGUCACUCUCACUGGCCAUCCUUCAUGCAUCAGGAUGGCUCCAUAAGAGCAUCAGGAGCCAUAAUAUCAUGAUUCCAGUGCGUCGUAAUCAGCCCAUCUGGUCUCAGCCAUACCUCGUCGGUUUUGAAUUUUCACGACCAGAUUCAGCCGACGAGACAACCGAAAAGCCCGAACAAAGCGUACGCUUCAAUUUAUAUCGUCAUCCUUCCGCACAGGGUAUUCCAGGGGAAUCAUACCGCAAAGGCUUCGACAUCUACAGUCUCGGCGUCGUCCUUCUCGAAGUUGGUCUAUGGCGCGUAGCAUGGAGUCUACGUCGCGACGAUGAGAACCCCGCCAAGUUCAAGGAAGUGCUGCUCAGCAGGGUAGACGACAGACUAGCUCACUUCAUGGGGACAGAGUAUCAAGAGGCGGUAAGGAGUUGCCUGAACGGUGAUUUGGAUCAUAGGGAGGGAUCGGUAAUACGAGCUUUCUACAAUGAGGUUGCGGAAACUAUGUGCUCAUUGGCGGAGUCACAGCCGUCGUGA